UUCCCAGAGUUCCUAUUGGGUCAACGCGGGAAGCUCCAAGAUGGCGGCAGUGGCGACCUGCGGCACCGGUGCUGGGAGUACUGGAUCUAUGGUGGCGGCAGGCAGCAAGAACAACGUCACCAGUUUCCAGAGGAGGGGUCCUAGAGCCAGCGGUUCUGACAGCAGCUAUUCUCGACUGGUGUCCAUCGCGGGCACACGACCGUCGGUACGGAAUGGACAGCUGCUGGUAUCAACUGGGCUCCCAGCCCUGGACCAGCUCUUAGGUGGAGGUUUGGCCGUCGGAACGGUUCUUCUAAUUGAAGAGGAUAAAUAUAAUAUUUAUUCUUCUUUGCUCUUCAAGUAUUUCCUGGCAGAAGGAAUCAUCAAUGGGCAUACUUUGUUGGUUGCAUCUGCAAAAGAAGACCCGGCUGAUAUUUUACAGGAACUUCCUGCACCAUUACUUGAUGAUAAUGUUAAAAAAGAUUUUGAUGAAGACGCAUGUAAUCAUAAAACAGCAGAAUCUAACAUUAAAAUGAAAAUAGCUUGGCGUUACCAGUUAUUACCCAAGAUGGAGGCUGGACCAGUAUCAUCUUCAAGAUUUGGUCACUAUUAUGAUGCAUCAAAAAAGAUGCCACAAGAACUGAUUGAGGCUUCAAAAUGGCAUGGAUUUUUUUUCCCAGAAAAAUCAUCUUCAACUCUUAAUAUAGAACCAUGUUCUUUGACUCAUGGCUACAUAAAGCUGCUUCAGUUUAUCCAGAACAUCAUAUAUGAGGAAGGAUUUGAUGGAUCCAAUCCCCAGGUAAAAAAACAGAAAAACAUUUUAAGAAUAGGAAUCCAGAAUCUUGGUUCACCUUUGUGGGGGGAUGACAUCUGCUGUAUGGAAAAUGGCAACAGUCACAGCCUUACGAAGUUCCUGUAUGUCCUCCGUGGUCUUCUGCGAACCUCUCUUUCAGCUUGUAUGAUCACAAUGCCAACACAUCUCAUCCAGAAUAAAGCAAUUAUUUCCCGUGUUACAAACUUGUCAGAUACAGUAGUUGGUCUGGAAUCAUUUAUUGGUUCUGAGAGAGAAACCAACCCAUUAUAUAAGGAUUAUCAUGGUUUGAUUCAUAUUCGGCAAAUUCCUCGGCUUAAUAACUUGAUUUAUGAUGUAUCCGAUGUCAAAGACUUAGCUUUUAAAUUAAAAAGGAAGCUAUUCACCAUUGAGGGCCACAGUAGAGGGCAAUGUCUUCUCGUUGCUCUGACGCCAGCACAGUGACCGAGACAUGCUGGCUAAGUCUCAUAUUCUGUUGUUGUCGCUUACGAUCAUGUGUAGUUCAUUACAUAUGUAGAGUUGUUUCCUUGCCUUAAUAAACACACUUGUUUUUAUCGUGUUGAGCCAUAUGUACUUUUAUGAGCCAUCUCAACAUCUUUUUUGGAGCAAGAAAUGUGAAUAUAUUAGUGUACCUGAUAUUUCAGAGAACACUUGUACAUCUCAUUUGAUCCUGACGACAGUCUCAUGAGGGGAGAAUUAUCCCCCUGUGAUAAAGGAGGACACUGAGACAGGGGUGAACUGACUCGUCCAAGGUCACACUGAGAGUGAGUGACAGAGGGACAUACCACACUUUCACUGGCUGCCUCUGUUAAGUGACCAGGGUAGAGCCUCUGUGUUCUAAGGUGUUUACCAGGUUUCAUUUAAAUCGGCUAUGAGAGCACCUGGCUGGCUUAGUCGGCAGAGCAGGAUCUCAGGGUUGUAAAUUUGAGCCCC